AUGACCGGUGCAGUGUCGUUCAAUCCCAUGAAAGAAAAGUCAUUGAUGUUGUUACCUUUUUAUCACUGCUAUGGCUUCGGUGAGUGUUGCAAUUUGAUCCAACAAUUCUCCUUCGAACGCCUAUUUUCAGCCCUUGUUAUGUCUAAUCUACUACGAGGCAAUGCAGCUGUUGUGAUGGAACACUUUCAACCUGAAUUGUUCUGCGAGUCAAUACAACGGCACCGGAUACGAUUUAUCGCUGUCGCACCACCUGUACUUGUUUUCCUCACAAAAAGUCCAAUCUGUAAGAAGUACGAUCUCAGCUCUUUGGAAUUUGUCAUGUGUGGAGCUGCCCCCGUAGGCAGGGACUUGUGCGAGGAAUUCCUACAUAUGUACAAACACGUAAAGUAUAUGCAGCAAGGAUAUGGUAUGUCGGAAGCAACAAUGGCUACUCAUUUACCUGAUGCCCAUCUCGGACAACCAUUUGGAAGCGUUGGAAAAAUUGUGUCAAAUUUGGAAAUGAAGAUCGUGGAUCCAGAAACGGGCAAUGAACGACCUACCGGCGAAAUCGGUGAAAUAUGUGUUCGUGGUCCAACGGUGAUGCUCGGAUACUUCCAAAAUAAAGAAGCAACAGAGAAUUGUAUCAAGGAUGGAUGGUUGCACACAGGUGAUCUUGGAUAUGUUGACGACGAGAACUAUCUCUUCAUAGUGGAUCGACUUAAGGAACUCAUCAAAGUUAAAGGAUUUCAGGUUCCGCCAGCUGAGCUAGAGGGAAUCCUCUUGUCUCAUCCCAAAAUACGAGAUGCAGCCGUUAUUGCAGUUCCUCAUGCCGAAAAAGGAGAGGUUCCAAGGGCAUACGUUGUCUCCUCAUCAAGCUCCCUGCAAGAAAAUGAUGUGAAAAAUUUUGUAAGCGAUAAAGUUUCUGAGUAUAAGCGACUUGAGGGCGGUGUCGAGUUCGUGGACAGUAUUCCAAAGUCACCAGCUGGCAAGAUUCUCAGGCGGUUACUACGGGAUCGACAUAAAUCAAAACUAUGA